AUGGAAGAGUUUGGUGACCCAACUGCCUUCGAGGCAGACCCUGACGUCGAUCUGGACGAGGACAUGGACCAGGAUGCCCUAGAGCUGGGCGAUUAUGAGGCCGACGGCGGCGAGGAGGAACUGGACGAGCACGAUGUUGACGACGCUGGCGCCGGCCUCCAUUUUGACCCCAUAGCACUGGGCCUCAAGGAGAUCAACAAUCUUGCUCGCUGCCGCGUCAGCACCUUCAAGCCCGGGAACGGCGUCAAGGAGCUCCUGGACGAUGACCUCGGCCAGUACUGGCAAUCUGACGGCGUGCAGCCUCAUCUCAUGACCAUGAAGUUCACCCGCCAAGUCGAGAUUCGCGCCCUCCGCUUUUUCGUCGACUUCACCCAGGACGAAUCUUAUACGCCCACCAAGAUCCUCUGGUACGCCGGCACAUCGGAGCACAACCUCAUCCAAUUUGCCACCUCAACCCUCUCCAACCCGUCCGGUUGGCAGGAGGUCAGCAUCACCGGAUGCGGCGGCGGCGACGACUCCAACUCCCUAUGCUGCUUCGUCCUCCAGGUGCAGGUCAUGGAGAACCACCAGAACGGCAAGGACACGCACAUCCGCGCCGUCAAGGUCUAUGGCUUUGACGACCAGCUGAGGGCGGCAGGCGCCACCGGCAUCCCGGCCAAGGAGGACGAGAAGGUGUUCAAGGUCGAUGAGAACAAAGCAGGCGAUGAGGCAGAGCAGGAGCUGCUGGAACAUCUGAGGCUCAGAGAGAUUGGCAGGAGCUUCGAGCCGGGUGAUCCAAGCGGGAUUGCGUCGACGCUGGAUUUCAUGGAAGAUCCGGUUCUUCGGUGA